UCCAAGCUGCUGAAGCUGCCUCACUGGCAAAAGCAGCUUGAUCUGCACAGUUAACAAGGAGGAAAUCGAGGCCAGAACAUGCUUUCUCAGAACACCGCCUGGGGAAAUACCUCUCCGAACUCAAAGCACCUGCAAAAGCUGCAAGUCCACAGGUGUCCUCCUCCCACCCUCCCCGCUGACAAGAUGCUCUCUCUACCCAGUUCCAUGCAUCAGGAAAUUUCACCGACUUUCGAUGAAAGCAUUUUUGUAGCAAUGUCCCAUCUUCCGGGCCUUGCCGGGAGCAGCCAGGGGGGCCGUUUCCUGAGCUGGAGCUCCUGCUGGUUUAUCAAAACGCAGGACGAAGUUUGGAACGGAGUCGGUUAAAGUGAACAAGGUGCUCUUGCCCCGGCGAGGGAAGGAGGCCGCACGGCGUGGUGCCCGCGUGGAGCUGGCAGGUUUGCGGCUGGUUCCCUCGUCCCCGAUCCAACAUGGGACUCAGCCUCAGGCCUGCAGACAGAGUCCCGGUGACCCGCCCGCCAGUCCCCACUGUGCCUGGGGGUAGUGCACGUAGCGAUGCUCUGAGAGGGUCCGUCCGCUGAAGGGUGUGAAGGAACGACAUGCCUUCCUCUGUGCCACACCCCGUGACAGCCAACAGCCGGGGCCAGUUCCGCCCCACGGCCCCGGGAUUCCUACACGGCCCGUAACGGACUCGGUCUGUGUGGUCCCCGAAUGCGCGGGAAUUGUCACCAACGUUGUGCGAGUGCAUGUGUCUGCCGAGGACCCUGCCCCCACGCCCUCGGCCUGGGCGGGAGGACCCCGGUGCCGCCGGUGUCUCUGAAACAGCCCGGCUCCCCGUGGGCAUUUGCUGCGUGUCCAGCUUCCUGUCUGGUGAUGGGCAUUCUAUUUCCUCUCCUCCCCGGUCUGGGAAUGAAACACUCAUCUCCUGCCCAAACAUGUGUGUCUGCUGGCCCCACCCAGCACAGCUGUUUGCCCGGCCAUCACUGGACCAGGUUCCCACCACGGGGACAGGACGUGCUCCCCACAUCCGCCUCUGCCACCAGCCUGGUGACUUGUGGUCACCGAGCCCGGUAGCCAGAGAGAGACUUUUUAAAAAGACUCUCAGACAUGUAAUUAAAAUCUCAGUGUUGGGUUUGGGGGAAGGUGCUGGGCGGCUCCCGCCCCUGCUUUCCGGAAACACAGAUUUUUAGUGUUUGAAAGUGACAGAAGGCUAAAGUGAGACAGCCCUAAAUAUACUGUCCUGGGCAUUUCCGGCAGCUGGGCAUGUGGGAUUAAUUCUGCACAAGCGGCCUCUUGCCCAAAGUAUUGGACCAGGCCCCGCAACGGAGCCACCUCGGGUCCCCCUCCAGCCCAUGCUUCACCCCACCUCCACGCACAGCUUCCACACCACACCCUGCUCCCUGCUGCCUGGAGCCUGGCCCCCCACUGGCCAGAGGCACAGCCAUGCUCCUAGGCCGAACUCCAACUCUCCUCAGUCAGGCCACCGCCAGACUCACAGCCCGUACCCCACCCUCUGAUCUGUGGGUGGCCCUGGCCCACUCAACCUGUGCAUUCGAUGUCCCCUCUGCCUAGAAAGCCCUCCCUGCCACCUCCCCACCUGCCAAGACUCCGUCAUCCCAUCCUUUGAGGCCAGUUCAGAUGUCACCUCCUCCAGGAAGCCCACCCAGAUCCCACCACACCACGGGACCUCCGACUCCCUGCACUGACUGGGCCUCCCCAGGAGCUGUCACUCCCACCUUGCUUCUUGUUUCUUUCCAUCUCUCCCUCUGGCCUCCCUCCUCCUUCACCUGCUCCCAGAGGACCCUGCCACCCUUUUGCCCUUCGCUGUGUUUUAUGGCUGUUGUCUCCCUGUCUGUGGUGUCAUCUCUCAGCUCCAGGCCUUUGCUCACACUGGUCCCUUCCUCUGCAGCAUUCUUGUCCCGGGACCUCGUGGUAAAUUCACUGUCACCCCCAAGGGCCAGCUCCAAUGUCAGCUGUGAGCGCUCACCGUCCCACGUCCCAUCCACACACCUGGUGGACUCUGAAGUGCACUCAGUCAUGUCCCUGCCGCCACUCGGCCCCUUCUCCUUGGGUCUGACGUCCAUCUCUCAGAGGAGGGACCUGUCCUCUGCCUCAUCUGUGGGCCCAGAGACAGAGGGGGCGGGGCCGGACCUGCUGGGUCGGAGGCUUGGGGGCCAGAAAUGGAAGCUGCCCUUGUUGGCCCCACUGUGCGUCAGGUGCUGUGCUGGGCACCUCACUGCCGGGCUCCGGGAUCUCUCAGCACUGGGGGCAGAGCCUGUGGGCAAGCCCAUUCCCCAGGAGGAAAUGCCUCUCCCAGGCUGUCCCAGCCCCUGGUUCCCACGGGCCCUGCCACCCUGGAGCCGAACCCAGAGCCAGGAGCGAACAGCCUGCUUUGUCUUGCAGUGGAGCUCGACCGCUCCCUGGGCCACCAGGAGCCCCCCUGGAAGGAGUUCCGCUUUGACCUGACCCAGAUCCCGGCGGGGGAGGCGGUCACAGCUGCCGAGUUCCGGAUUUACAAGCUGCCCAGCACCCACCUGCUCAACAGGACCCUCCACGUCAGCAUGUUCGAGGUGGCCAGAGAGCGGGCCAACAGGGAGUCUGACUUGUUCUUUUUGGAUCUUCAGACGCUCCGAGCUGAGGACGAGGGCUGGCUGGUGCUGGACGUGACAGCAGCCAGUGACCACGGGUUGUUGAACCUUAGCAAGGACCUGGGACUCCGCCUCUACGUGGAAACAGAGGACGGGCACAGCGUGGAUCCUGGCCUGGCCGGUCUGCUGGGGCGACGGGCACCGCGCUCCAAACAGCCCUUCAUGGUCACGUUUUUCAGGGCGAGCCCCAGCCCCAUCCGGGCCCCUCGGGCGGUGAGGCCCCUGAGGAGGCGGCUGCUGAAGAAGACCAACGAGCUGCCGCAGCCCAACAGGCUCCCGGGGAUCUUUGAUGGCGCCCACGGCUCUCACGGUCGGCAGGUGUGCCGUCGGCACGAGCUCUAUGUCAGCUUCCAGGACCUCGGCUGGCUGGAUUGGGUCAUCGCCCCCCAAGGCUACUCAGCCUAUUACUGUGAGGGGGAGUGCUCCUUCCCGCUGGACUCCUGCAUGAACGCCACCAACCACGCCAUCGUGCAGUCCCUGGUCAGUACCCAGCCUGUGCUGCCCGGGCCCGGGGAGGGUGACCUGGAGGGGAAUGGGGGCUCCUGCUCCGUCUCUCGGAGGUUCUCACAUGGAACCUUGGCUGGUGCACGGCUGAGUGCACGUGUCGUUAAACUCCCACACGUGUGCAGGUGCAGGUCCCUGUGUGGCCAGCUGCGCAUGCAGACUCGCUGCUGGUGCAUGCACACUCACACACACACACAUCUGAAUUACCAAGCUGCUGGCCAUAGGGAGGCCUAUGGGCAACUCCAGAAAGAGCUGAACGAGCAGCACGGCAUCAAUAAUCAACCUUGA